CAGGCUUUUUCCUGCCUGAUUUCAUAAUAAUUUCGGGAAAUGGAAUACAAGUGAACCGGACUCAAUGCAACUAAUUUACUUGACUUUCCUAUUGAAUGUUGUAGUGGUGAAGUUCCCGAAAUAUCUGGAAUUGUAAUGUCUUAAAAUGUAUAUCAUUUUCAUCAGGCUUUCGUUAUACACGGUUCUUGUUCAGUUAGCCACUUGGUGUAUUUAAGUCACUUACUGGUCAGCUAAAAAUAGUAUUCUUUAUCAUGUAUUGUGUUUAACGAUAUCUAAUCUGGGGGGCUAUUUACUUUUUUAAAUGAUGGUUAGGUUGCUAACAAGCCAGGCUCUUUUAUCUCAUUAAUUUGCUAACUAAACAAGCGUCGACGAGUUUUGGUACUCAGUGUACCGUUUUCUCUCCCUCCCCCCCGCCCCGCCGCUUUAUUUUCACCCGAAACCCCCGGUCUCAACAAAGCUUGUUUUGACUGUUAGCAAGUUUGCAGGCUUUUACAACACAACCCGUGCAGAAGAGCCACAUUAGCGAGUAGCCGCUUAUUUGACCGGUGCUUGACGCGUGUCCUGUAGCUAUCUAGCUAGCCAGCCAGGUGCUCAAUCAUAUCACUCAAUGGCUAUAAAUACACCACUCUUUGUCCCCCACUCAGCGCCCUACCAAAAGCGGUGAGUUUGCCUAUUGGAUCCAUUCCACCUUACGACUUUUCAGACAACUCAUUGGGACUUUGUCGCUCUACAUGGUCGCCACAGCCAAGUCAAGACUAUCUGAAAAACUUGGAGGCAAUGCUGGAAUGAGGCAUCUCGCCCCGGCUGGAUGUCUUCAAGUCGGGUUACCGAAGUAAACGCAUUCAACUGUGGCUUUUUGGCCGAAUAUCAAGCGUCAUCCAUGGCCUGUCAACAGUAGCUUGUACCCGGUAGGGGAAACGUUAGCUAUUUAACAUUAACAAUCGCUGUUAAAGGUCAACGCCCUUUUGUUUUGAUUGUAAACUGUGAAAGAACUUCAAAACAAAAGUUAGGACUCUUCUAUCACAGUGGAACAUCAUGUCGGAGGAUAACAACGCAGACAUAUUAAUCAAGGAAACCUCCAUCUUGGAGGAGUACAACAUCAACUGGACACAGAAGCUCGGGGCUGGGAUCAGUGGACCUGUUAGAGUUUGUGUUAAGAAGUCGACUCAGGAACGACUGGCCUUGAAGAUCCUCAUUGAUCGUCCUAAGGCCAGAAAUGAGGUGCGGCUUCACAUGAUGUGUGCCACACACCCCAACAUCGUGCAGAUUAUGGAGGUGUAUGCCAACAGUGUGCAGUUUCCUCACGAAUCCACUCCAAGAGAGAGGUUACUGAUUGUCAUGGAGAUGAUGGAGGGAGGUGAGCUGUUCCACAGGAUCAGUCAGCACAAACACUUCACAGAGAAGAUGGCCAGCCAGGUCACGAAACAGAUUGGCCAGGCGCUGGAACACUGUCACUCACUGAAUAUUGCACACCGAGACCUGAAACCAGAGAACCUGCUCUUCAAGGAUAACUCCCUGGAUGCACCGGUGAAGUUGUGCGAUUUUGGAUUUGCCAAAAUCGACCAGGGCGACUUGAUGACCCCACAGUUCACGCCUUACUACGUUGCACCUCAGGUACUUGAGGCUCAAAGGCGACACCAGAAGGAAAAGUCUGGAAUAAUACCUACCUCACCCACCCCCUACACUUAUAACAAGAGCUGUGACCUGUGGUCCAUUGGGGUGAUCAUCUAUGUGAUGCUGUGCGGCUACCCUCCCUUUUACUCCAAGCACCACAGCCGCACCAUCCCUAAGGACAUGCGCAAGAAGAUCAUGACGGCCAGCUUCGACUUCCCCGAGGACGAGUGGAGCCAGAUCUCUGAGAUGGCCAAGGACAUUGUUCGCAAGCUGCUGAAGGUGAAGCCUGAGGAGAGGCUGACCAUCGAGGGGGUUUUGGAACACCCCUGGCUGAACUGCACAGAGGCUCUAGACAACGUGCUUCCUUCCGCCCAGAUGAUGAUGGACAAGGCGGUGGUAGCUGGGAUCCAGCAGGCCCAUGCUGAACAGCUGGCUAACAUGAGGAUACAGGACCUUAAUGUCAGCCUCAAGCCUCUCCACUCCGUCAAUAACCCCAUCCUGAGGAAAAGGAAGCUCCUAGGCAGCAAGCCGAGUGAUGGCUUCUUCAUCCAUGACCCAGAGAACGGCGGUGAGAACUCUAACGUGGCCCUGGAGAAACUACGAGACGUCAUCGCUCAGUGUAUCCUCCCACAGGCUGGGGAGAAUGAGGAUGAGAAGCUAAAUGAGGUGAUGCAUGAGGCUUGGCGUUUCAACCGGGACUGCAAACUGCUGCGAGACGGGCUGCAGGGCCUCAGCUGGGACGGACGGGCCUUUACUGACAAAGUGGAUCGCUUGAAGUUGGCUGAAAUAGUGAAGCAGGCCAUAGAGGUAAAGACACAUUUGCAAGACUGUCAGUAGCAAGUGCUGUCUUACCUUUUUGUAGCGUUUUAUUAGAACAGUUUUUAGCCAAUGACUGUAGAGGCAUUUUUAUGUGACUUGACAUGCUAAAACCAAUAGCAUUUCUUUUCAUGUACUCACUUGCAAGACUAUUGUACAGCUGUAGAUAUUCAAAAGAGGACUUGUUUGUACUAUACUGUUUUUUAUGAACAACUGCAAAUAACAUACAAUCCUUAUAUAUUUUAGUUUUUGCAAAAAAGAAAAAGAAAUACUUAGUUUUUUUUCUGUACCCACUGGGAGGGAAUUUUUCCAAGCUGCUUGACCAGGAUGUCCACAGUGAUGUGUUUUAAUCUCACUUGUUUUUAUUUGAUUCUUAUUUCUUUACCUUUUUAACAAUGCUAAAAAUAGUAUUUAUUUAACAAAGAAAUCCUUAUUUUUGACCAUGAAGCCAAAUGUUUAAGUCUGUCAGUUGAACAAUAGAGGCUCUAAAGCAGACCCGAGGAACUAGGUCUAAGCUCCGUUUCUCCACCCACUGGGUGGGUGGUUUGUGUUCCAGGGAGGGGUAGGGAGUGGGCCCUCGGUGACAGUGUGAGGUUCACUGGGGGGGGGGGAUUUCUGCUCUCAAAUGACAGAGAAAAUAUCGAAACGUGCUCUUCAAUCUACUGGAUAUCAGCAACAGUGCAAUAGUCAUUUAGGGCAUGUGCAUAAUUUGUACAUAUGUUGUAUUUACAUUCAUAUGCAUACAUUUACAUGUUAUAUAAUAUGUAUAUUUAUGUAUGUAAAGUAUUAUUCAUGGCUAAUGUGGACCCUCCCCAAUUUCUUCCUGUGGUAACGAGUACAGAGCAUAGUACACCAAACAAAACUGAUCAAAAGAGGCAAUGCAGGUUCUCUAAUAUAGUACUUGACUAUUUGAUAGUUGUAUUUAUGUUUUCCUAUUUAAACAUUCUCAAAUGUAUACAUUUGAACCUUCCAUGGAUAAAGUCUUAGCCUUGCUUGCACAUGAGCCGAAUAACGUUUAUUUCCUAAUUGUUUCGAUUUUCUUCUAAAUCGAUGAGCUGAAUGCAUCGACUCUGUUUGUCCAAGAUAGCAUGUGCUCCUCUCACAUUCAAGUGUAUUGGGCAAGGGUUGGUACAAUGUAAAUGCAUAUUUUCCCAUUGUAAGACUGUUGCCCUACAUUUUUAUUUGGUCAAAACAAUGACUGCAAGCAUUUCUGUGUAUGUCAUUUUGUUUGUUUGGAAGCCUAUCAUGAAUCAAUGCUGAAGUUGUCCUCCAAACAUCUGCAACAUGAAUGUGUCAUGGCUGUUAACUGUUUCAUGGCAACAUAUAGCCUCCUAACUCAGGAUAACAAUGCAUUAUAAUCACAAAUAACACUUGCUCAUCUUUGUGUGAAAAUACCCAAUGAUACAAAGUGUCUUCAAUGCACAAGAUCAGGGCUCGUAUUCAGAAAGCGCCUGUUUCCUCUGCCCAAAUCAUCUGAAAGGCUAAACUGACCCUGAUUGGCCCUCCUACACUCUAUGAAUACAGGCCCUGAUGUCUAGACUGAUUUUAUAUCCUCUGCUGCCUGAGAGAAAUAUUAAGAGUGAGAUGGGAGAAAAGGUACAAUUCUCCCUUCAUUUGCGUUUUGUACAUGAGCAUAUAGUCAGUCACCUGGAAGUGAGAACUUAAAUAGCUCCUAUUAGGUAGCUGGAGAGCAUGCCGUGUCAGACACUGUUGAAGUAGUUCCUAAGUCCAUAUCUGCAAUAGAUCCAGGCAGCACCUAUGGUUGCAUCCCAAAUGGGUCCCUAUAGUGCCCUACUUUUGGCCACUAUAAAAACUUGCCUAUGCUAUUCCUUCCUUCUCUGUUCCAUAUUUCCUCCGGUUGUCUCGUAUGUACAUGGUCCAAGGUCCAACCCGAAACAUGACUUCAGCUAUUAACCCAACCCUUCUGAAUUUGUGGGGGGGCUGCCACAUUUGGCACACGGGGAGCUGUUUUUUUUUUGGGGGGGGAGGUGUAAACUACCUAGCUCAAGGGCAGAACAGAUUUUUCACCUUGUUGACUCUGGGAUUCGAACUAGCUACUUUUCGGUUACUUGCCCAACCCCUCUUAACCGCUAGGCUACCUGCUGACUCCAUGGAAGAUUUGUACCUUAAUCGGUAUUCUUAAUUUCCUUUUGUCCUCUUGGGAAUGUCAUGAACAUGCUGACUAUUUGUAUUAAAGGAAUUAUUUGCAACCGUAA